UUUCAGUGUUUAUUAAAGCAUUUUUCAUACAUUAAUCCCAACUGUACAAAACAUCUAAACUAUGCUAUGGUAUCACCUCUAUUUUGCCACUUAAUCAACUAAUUUAUCUCACAUUACCAUAAAAUGAUAUAACAAGUUGCCAUUGUAUCUUACCAUUCAACGUCUCAUUUAUCGAACUUAUUACAAAUUUUGCCUUUUAUCAGAAUGCAGCUUCUUUUUUAGUCUCACAGAGAAUGCAAUUUCAAACAAAUAGGAUGGUAGGAACUGAAUGGUAAGAUAUGAUGGCAACUGGUUAUAACAUUUAAGAAGCUUACAUUAUGUAUAUACAUAAAUAAUGAAUAUAUAAAUAUAAUCUUUGCACAGCAGUCCAGAAUUUGUAUAAACUCCUGUCUUGACCUUACAGAAUUAAGGAUGCUCGAUCUCAGAAAUCAGUUGUUAAUAGUUUUGCUUGCAGCAGUGCGGACACAAUAUUUUGUUGUGGGUAAUGUGUGUGUUCAUGUUUGCAGUAACAUGGUCAAAAUAUCUCGAUUUGGAAGUGUCUGUGUGUACACCAUCCACAUUGCCCCCAACCCUGGAUUUGGACCUCUGGGGAGAAAUCUGUCAAGAUUUGAGUAGUUUGUGUCCCAAACCACUAGAGGAUACAUCUUCCACCGAUCGUAUCCUACAAAAUGAACUGAACACACCAAAGAUAGUUGGGCCAGAUACCAUACUGCCUACCAGAAUGGAUUUUGUUGCUGAGACGUCUGGUACACGUGCAGAGCCUGUGCACAAGGAAAGAGAGAGGGAGUGUAAACAGAUAUUACCAAGGUUCAACCUGCUUGGAAAUCAGAAUCAGCUGUUUGACGGAGGAACACAAACUAACUUGGGGGGGGGUCAUCGAAGGAAAGGACAGACACUUUCCAAAAGUAAGACUAUCCAGAAAGGAAUUACAUGCACACAGUUUGAUAGAAAGUGCAGUCUCUCAAGAUGGGCCAAUGUUCAAACUUAAGAUCUCCAGAACUAAUCGAGCCAGCAGUAUGAAGGUGCUGUAAUCCCAGAAACUGUCCCCAAUGGAGAAUAUUUUUGGAUUGGAAGAUCUCUUACUGCUGAGAGAAACCUGUGGACAUCCAGCAAAACGGGAAUAUCCCCCAAAAUCUAAGGAAAAGAGUAAUUCAGGCAGCAGAUUAUGGCAGAGAAAAUCCUCAGGUUCUGUAGCUGGUGAGUCAUGGACUCAUUCAUCAAAAAGGUCGAGAAUGUCUUCUCUUGAUCCUGCAUAUGACCAAUAUUGACAGCUGAGAGAAAGAAAUAACGAAUCGUCACGAAAAUCUCGACAGAGGAGGAAAGCUCAUGAGAGAGAGUUGGAAGAAUUAGCUGCAACUCUUUGAGCAAAAAUGAGAGUUUGAAGAAGAGGAUAAAUGAACUUGUAAAGAAGCUCAAAGAAGCACUGCUUGAGGUUGCGCUUAAAACUAAAAUGGUGUAAGUGUAAAACCCGAUGGCAACACAACUUUUGUACUUGACACUUCAACAUAACUGUAUGACAUGUAUAUUGGAUACAUACUCAUUGGUCAUGAAGACUGUGUUAUUUAUACGAGGGUCGUACUGAAAGUCAUGAGCAGCAAUUUCCUCUUUCACAAGAAAUUUGAUGACAUCAUGCCGGCAAAACAACAUAUCGUCGGCCAUUUUGUUAGGAGUGAUACUGGUCAUGUGAUGCAAGCUAUUGACGUCACAAGACACUCAAGUUUAACGC